CAAAAUAAUGGCGGUGGCAGUACGUGUCGUAUUUCAAUUGUUAUUUGUAAACAGUUGGUUAGUAUUGUAAGCAAUAAAUUCAUUCGCUAUGUGAUUACGCUGCGAUUGUUGUUUAAUUUAUAGCUUUUUUUUAACUUUUAAAAUUCUUUUAUGACACUUUUUUAUUAAUUUUAUAAAUACAUUUCAAAUUUCACAAAAUGAGCCAAUUAAAAACCGACGCUUUGCCGUCGGCCAUAAAAGCAAAUUACGCGGAAAUAUUGGAUAAAGAUGUAGUUAAUGCAAUUGAAGAUGACUUGACAAUCAAUGAAAAAAUUUCAAUAAUAUUUUUGUGUGCCGCUGAAAAAAUUGACACGGAUUUUUGGAGAAAUUUCAUGCAAAAAUUGAUGAGCUACAAUGAAAAAGUUAUUUUUGACAAAAAGGAGGCAAUUUUUAUUAUUUGUGAUUUAAUUGAAAAUGUUGGAAACUGGAAGGAUAAAUUCAUUGAAGCGCUUUGUAUUAUAAACAAUAAGAGGAUUCUAACUCAGUUAGGUUUAAUUGUUGAUGAUUUGUACCGAGAAUAUUGUCCGCUGCAGGCGAGAAUUGUAGGGAAGAUAAAUGUCGGUAAUAAAAUUUUGUUUAAAUUUUUCGAGUCUUUGAGUGAAAAAGAAUCAGAGAACGUUUUGAAGAAGAUUUAUUCAGAUAUUUGUCUGGAUAGAAGAUUGAGUGAUAUUAAUUUAAUGGAAAUACACGCUUUAUAUUGGCUGUCAAUUGGAUUUAUUAAAAUUACACCAACUGAUGGCGACCUGGGUAAUCUUCUUAAAUAUCUAAAACCACUUGGAUACUUUGACACACCAUUUUACAGCGACAUCGAAUGGUAUAAUCAAAAAUAUACUGGUAAUAAAUCCCACGUCUAUAAUACAAAUAGCAAUCUCAUAAAAAAAUUCAAAUCUUUGUUGAAUUUAACAAAAAAGGCUGAAGAAAUAGAUUCUGAUAAAAUUCUUAUAAAAAAAGGUUUAUGUUUGAUUAUAAAUGAAAAAAAUUUUCAAAACGACAUUUAUGAAGUCCGUCACGGCAGUCAAGCGGAUGUGGAUAAUUUGAAGAAAACCUUCCAAGCUUUAGGUUUUAUUGUGAAAGACUAUGAAAAUCGUCGAGCCAUUGAAAUUGCUAAAAUUAUUCACCAACAUGCUAACGCAGAAAACAAACAAUAUGAUUGUUUCGCCGUUUGUUUGCUGAGCCACGGAUACCCAGAUGGUAUUUUGUCAAUCGACGGGGAGGAAAUAUCAUUUGAAGAUAUUGAGAAAUGUAUUUGUCAAAAAGAAGUUAAAAAUACAUUGAAAUUGGUGAUUGUUCAAGCCUGUCAAGGUCAAACAAUGGGACUAAAUUCUCCUAGAAACAAACUCGCUGUAGAUGGAGUUGCAGUUAAUAGUGCGAAGACUAAGCCAUCUACAAGCUUGUUUACCGAUGGCUACCCUUCAAAACCUGCUAAAAGUAUUGAUUAUAGAAAAGAAUUCCUUUUGUUUAAAUCGACUAUGAAAGGUUAUGUUGCGAUCAGACACAAAGAAGAAGGAUCUUGGUUCAUAAAUGAUGUUUGUAGUGUUUUAAAUGAGUUUAAAACACAGUUGUCAAUCGACGAAUGGAGUCGACAGGUCAAGAAAAAAAUUAGCUUGAGGCAUGGAGACGUCGAAGGACACAAAGCUGCUGGUCAGCUUGCUGAGACUGAACGCGAUCGGCGUACUAAAGAAUAUUUUUUCUUUAAUCAGUUUAAUUCAUUUUAAACCAGUGAUCUAUAUGUUUGUUUAAAACAACAUAUUGAUUUACUAGGAACAAAAAAAAAAAAAACCGUACUGUACGAGUUUCACCAUUUUCAUUUAGUUUUUAAGUUACAAGAUUUUAGUGAAAUUUUUCAGCUAUUUAAAAUAGUAUCAAAAUUUUCAACUAAUUUAUUUUAAAGAAAAAGUUUUAUGAUGAGUAUAUUGCGUUACUAAUGCCAAAAAAGCGUGUAGAAAAAAAAUUUUUUUCCUCCAACCAACCUAAAAAUGUUUAUAGCAUUCAGAUCUGUAAGAAAAGUGAAUAAAAAAUUUUUUUUUGUAUACGCCUUUUGGCUCUAAGACAAAAAAUUUUAAAGCCAAAAGAGCGUGUCAUUUUUUUUUUUUAAUCAUACUUAACUAUUAGUCUUAAAAAAAAA